CAAUUUCUCAGCGCGCCUCGUUUCAACCCCAUAUUCCACGCCCUUUACACUCGGCGCAUUGUCAAAAUGGAGGCCGUGUUCCCGACAGACCCUCGCGAAUUCGAUGGCGACGACCGCAUAUCGUUCUCCAAGCUCGACAACAAGUUUAUCGCGGUUCACGACGAUGGCAACGAAUACGAAUUCGACGCUGAUCAGAAGCGAUGGAUCCUGACGGACGACGAGCCAUUGGAGCCCGAACCUUUUGAUACACAUGAGCUCCUUGGGGGACACACAUCGCAAGGACCUCAAGAUGAGGGUUCAAGGAAGCGGAAGAAUGGGUCGGGCCCGGGUUCAGAGACUACAGAGACUUCCAGGCCUACACGACCAAACAAGAAGCAAAAGGCACCCCCACAGCCCAGACAGAAUACUGCAGUCUAUGUCACCGGUCUACCUGCCGACACAACAGUUGAAGAAGUACACGAGCUCUUCUCCCGGAAGGGGGGCGUCAUAGCCGAGGAAAUCGACAGCGGUGCACCACGCAUCAAGCUCUAUACCGACCCGGAUGGCAACUUUAAGGGCGACGCCUUGAUCGUCUUCUUCAAGCCCCAGAGUGUCGAGAUGGCUAUCAUGCUUCUUGACGACACAGACUUUAGAAUCAACCCGAGUGGCACGCGUGAGGGCAGGAUAAGGGUCCAGGCUGCAGAUUCGAGCUACAAGAAGGUCAAGUAUGACCAGGAUGGCGCUGCCUCUGGGGAUAAGAGCAACGGAGGUGCGGAGCGAAAGCCUCAGAAGAACGAUCGUGACAGGCAAAAGAUCAUCAAGAAGACGCAGAAACUGGACGCGAAGCUGGCCGACUGGGAUGACGAUAUCCCGUACGCGGGGCAGCCUGAGGCGACGACAAAAUGGGACAAGCUGGUGAUCCUACGGCACAUGUUUACGCUGGAGGAGCUCGAGGAGGAUCCAGCAGCCCUUUUGGAAAUCAAGGAGGACAUCAGAGAAGAAUGCGCCAAGCUGGGCACAGUGACGAACGUGGUACUCUUUGACCAAGAGCCCGAAGGCAUCGUCUCGGUCAAGUUUAAGGAUGCAGACUCAGCGCUCGCAUGCAUCAAACUCAUGCAUGGGAGGAGUUUUGAUGGACGGACAGUGGAGGCUUUUCUGGCAUCAGGAAAGGAGAAAUUCAAAAGGUCACAGCAGGAUCAGAGCGUUGAAGACUCUGACUAG